ACUCCAAUCAACUCAGGUCAAGUUUCCGUCCGGAACAGGUGGUAGAAUUUAGAAAGAAGAAAAACUGCAUCCCACUCGGGUUCAAUGAAUCAGGCCCCCGCCCCACACGUACAGAACACAUAUACGUGUGUGGCUGUUAUCUUUCAGACAAAAACAACUGCUACUUGCAGCGCGCUCUUCCGCCAGCCCUCUCUCCACACAGCUAUUUGAAAUAUUCAGCCGGAAUAUUCCUUCACCGCAUUUUUCAGAGCCAUGAAGCCCCCCAAUGCCUUGACUACAAGGGCAACCAACACAAUCUUCACUGCCACUCCAGAAUUGGCUCCAAAUGUGAAAAGGGUUCGUGAUUUCCGGCCAUCCGGUGCCAGAUUUCCGGUCGCCAUGUCGACUAGAUCGAGGAUGGACACGUCUUCUUCCGUGCACUCUUUGUCGCCGGCCGUUGCAUCGAACACUGGGUCGGGGCCAGGCCGGGGUUUACCAGGGAAGUUACAGGAUUUUGAGGAGGAAAUAGAGAAGUAUAUUUACAGGUGCAGAUUCUUGGCAAUUUUUGCAGUUUGGGGAUCUUUGGUGGGCUCUCUCCUAUGCUUCAUCAAGGGUUGCACUUAUGUUCUGGAGUCUUUCAGACAAUACUUUCUGACCCGGGGGAAGGUGAUUUUCUUGCUGGUUGAGGCCAUCGAUGUCUACCUUCUGGGAACUGUGAUGUUGGUGUUUGGCAUGGGUCUCUAUGAGCUCUUCAUCAGCACUCUCGACAUUGCUAAGUUGCAGUUAGAGGAGAAUUUUCCGUACAGAUCAAAUCUUUUUGGCUUAUUCACUUUAAGGGAACGACCAAAAUGGUUAGAGAUAAAAACUGUUAAUGAGCUCAAAACCAAACUUGGCCAUGUAAUAGUGAUGCUGCUGCUUAUUGGGUUGUUUGACAAGAGCAAGAAGGCAGCUAUAAACACUCCUGUGGAUUUGCUUUGCUUCUCAGCUUCAGUUCUUCUUUGCUCUGGUUGCCUUUAUCUUCUGUCAAAGCUUAAUGGCUCAAACUGAUAUAAACACAUUCCGGGUUAUAUUUAAAAACUACUGUAGGAACUAAUAAAGUAAUUAUGUCACAUAUAUGAAUGUGUAAUGCAGUUCUGUACGUGUAUAAGCAUGUGAGUGUUUUAUGCAUGAAAUGUUAUGUACAUAUUCUCA